AUGGCAGAGAAUAAACCCACGUUUCGAGUGCUCAUAGCCGGUGCUGGUAUAGCAGGCCUAGCAACUGCAAUAGCACUCAGUCGCAUUUCGGAGAUUCCGAAUCUCGACAUUCAGCUGUACGAGCAGGCUCCCGAAUUGACCGAGAUAGGAGCAAGCAUUGCGCUUAGUCCUAAUGGCAUGCGAACUCUGGAAAAGCUGGGGGUGCACAAUGCUCUCACGGAUGAGAAUGGGUAUCGAGGCCCAAGCGGAAUACCACAAAUAGUUCGCCACUGGAAAACGAAUCAGGUUGUUACUGUAGAUACGCACUUUAACGUACCCGAUCCUCGGCAUCAUACGACUCGUUUUCAUAGGGGACAUUUGCACAGUGCCUUGUUGCAGCAUGUUCCAAAAGACUCAAUUCAUCUCAACAAAAAAGUCGCUAGCGCAGCGGCUACUGAUGAUAAAGUAACACUCUAUUUCGAAGAUGGAUCCGAAGCUCAUGGCGAUCUUUUGAUUGGUGCUGAUGGGAUCAAAUCGUAUCAGCUCAAGUUUAGUGGCAAAGUUUUCGCCAGAUCAACCUUCGAUGCCUCAUUAGUGGAAGGAAAAAUCCCGGACUUGCCUAUUGACUCUGUUCACUGGUGGGGGCCAAAAGACAACUUCUUUGCGUCAAGGCUGGGCAAGGGGCAGUACACCACUGUCGGCGCAUAUGAUGACGGUCGCAGUGCCGAAGAGCUAGAAAAGGAAGUUUCUUGGGAUCAAGCAGGCAAUGUGGAGCAUCUACGAGAAAAGUACAAGGACUGGAACCCCAUCGUCAAAGCCUUGACGGAGUUGACUCCGUAUACCCGCCUGUAUCCCAACUUUGCUGGCGAGCCUCUUCCGACUUGGGUCCUUGCAGCUCGAGCGACUCUGGUCGGCGAUGCUGCUCAUACUCAUGGUGGUGCUUUUGCAGCUGGAGGCUCAUUAGCCCUUGAUGAUUCGUUCGCGCUAGCACUAGCGCUCAGACAUGCUUUCUCGUUGGCAGAACCAGGUGCUUUUAAUAACGGAUCAUCAUAUAUCAGAAAAGCACUAGAGCUGUACGACCAGACUCGGCGUCCUCAUACGGGCAGGCUUUUGGAGAUUGUCCACGGUCAGAUCAACAAGAAACCAGAAGCUUAUCAAUCCGCCGAGGAAGAGAAUCUAGCACUUAUCACGAAGAUGACUAAAAGGCCCGAUACAACGUGGUUGUCCGAGCAUGAUGUGGUAGAAGCCUUUCAGCAGGUGCUUAAACAUGAACAAGCCACCGGAUUCGAGCAAACAGGAGCGCAAAAAAGCAGAUUAUGA